AUGGAGUAUUUGUCAAGAGAAGCUCGUCUGUUGCUGAGAUAUCCAGAUUAUUGGGAUCGUGAUCCGAACACUUGGGGAAGUAUAAACGACUGGGACGCGUUUUGGAUCAAACAACCACAUAAUGAGCCAAUUUGUGAACGCCUUUCUCACCAAGCUUUAGCGAAAGAGUUAAAUUGCUUGAAGAAGAAAUUCAAUUCUACGAAUCUCGCUCAUAUAAGGGCUUGCAAACUACAGGACAAAAUAAAGGAAAGUAUUUUUGCUGAUUGGUGUGCUAGCAAGAAAGACAACCAAAAUGACAAGAUUUGGGAAAACUUGGAUGAAAUUAAUUCAUUGAAGGCAAAGUCUUAUAUAGUUGACUUGAAAUUAGAAAUUAAUAAGAAGGAGGGAAGGCAAGCUGUUCACCAAAUAACGAAAGAGGGAUUUAAAGUAGCACAACGAGGAUUACAGGAAUAUUCUGAUGCAGAAUUUAAUAGUAUGCGAACUGAAAAGCGUAACAACCUUCAAGUCGCUUUUUCGAGUGCAGUUACGCAAGUUCGAUCGGGAACAUCGGAAAGCCAAGAUUAUCAAGAAGUGCAAAAAGGCCUCAACUAUAAAGAAACAUCUGAUGAUAAUGGAGAUAUUAUAACUGAUGGUACCAGUGAUGCCGAUGAUGCCGAUAAUUAUUUGCGAAAAGCAGUGGUCUAUGGCUGGGAACGUGGAAAACGAUGCGUUGACAAUGG